CUUCUUCCACAGGAUGGUUCAGAAGAACAUCACAAUGUCCCACAGGAUGAUCGGCUUGUGAGUCCGGGUGAAGAUCUUAAUCCUACAGAGACAUAUGUGAUGGGUGAUGAGCAGAGUACAGAGGACAUUCCUACAGAUAACCGCCCAGAUGACUGUAAUAAGAACAUAGAGAAACAGCUGUUAUCUUCAGAUGAUUGUGGUAUCACACAAGAUACUUAUGAAGAGCAUGCCAAUAUCCAAGGUAUAUCUUCAUCCAACCAUGGAAAAAAAGUAUCAUUUGAUCCUUUUAAACAGGUUCAAUCUUCUGAUUUAUCACAGACUGUGACACAAACAAAAAAAUACCGAAAUGGUGUUAAACAUCAAACAGUUCAAGUAAAAGAGAAGCCAUUUUCAUGUCUAGAAUGUGGUAAAUGUUUUAAGAAAAAAACUGUUCUUGUUGUACAUCAGAGAAUUCACACAGGGGAGAAGCCAUUUUCAUGUUCAGAAUGUGGGAAACGUUUUAACCUUAAAGCAACUCUUGAAACCCAUCAGAGAAUUCACUCAGGAGAGAGACCAUUUUCAUGUUCAAAAUGUGGAAAAUGUUUUAAGCAGAAAACGGUUCUUGUUAGACAUAAGAGAAUUCACACAGGGAAGAAGCCAUUUUCUUGCUCAGAAUGUGGGAAAUGUUUUAACCUCAAAUCAGCUCUUGAUGACCAUCUGAGAAUUCACACAGGAGUGGAGCCAUUUUCAUGUUCGGAAUGUGGUAAAAGUUUUAAGCAGAAAUCAGCUCUUGUUACACAUCAGAAAAUUCACACAGGGGAGAGGCAAUUUUCUUGCCCAGAAUGUGGGAAAUGUUUUGCCUGCAAAUCAGCUCUUGAUGCACAUAAGAGAACUCACACCGGGGAAAAGCCAUUAUCAUGUUCAGAAUGUGGGAAAUGUUUUCACUAUAAUUCAUCUCUUCUUAAACAUCAGAGAAUUCACACAGGAGAGAAGCCAUUUUUAUGUUUCAUAUGUGGAAAAUGUUUUUACUCUAAUUCAUCUCUCCGGGAACAUAAGAGAAUUCAUACAGGAGAGCAGCCAUUUUCAUGUUCAGAAUGUGGUAAAUGUUUUAACAAUAAAUCACAUCUUAAUAUACAUGAGAGAAUUCACAGAUCAGAGAAGCCAUUUUCAUGUUCGGAAUGUGGGAAAUGUUUUAAGUAUAAAUUCAUUCUUGUUGGACAUCGGAGAAUUCACACAGGGGAGAAGCCAUAUUCAUGUUCUGAAUGUGGAAAAUGUUAUCGCACUAAAUCAGAUCUUACUGCACAUGAGAAAAUUCACACAGGAGAGAAGCCAUUUUCAUGUUCUGAAUGUGGGAAAUGUUUUAGCCAAAAAGACAUUCUUCUUUCACAUCAGAGAGUUCACACAGGAGAGAAGCCAUUUUCAUGUUCAGAAUGUGGGAAAUCUUUUAAACACAGAUCAUCUCUCUUUGUACAUAAGAGAGAUCAUACAGAGGAGAAACGAUUUUCAUGUUCAAAAUGUGGAAAAUCUUUUAAGCAGAAAGGUGCUCUUGUUACACAUCAGAGAGUUCACUCAGGAGAGAGACCAUUUUCAUGUUCAGAAUGUGGGAAAUGUUUUAAGCAUAAAUCAGCUGUUGUUGUACAUCAGAGAAUUCACACAGGGGAGAAGCCAUUUUCAUGUUCAGAAUGUGGGAAAUGUUUUAAGCAGAAAGGAGCUCUUGUUGCACAUCAAAAUACUCACACAAGAGAGAGGCCAUUUUCAUGUUCAGAAUGUGGGAAAUGUUUUCACCGUAAUUCAUCUCUUCUUAAACAUCAGAGGAUUCACAAAGGGGAGAUGCCAUUUUCAUGUUCAGUAUGUGGUAAAUGCUUUAAGCAGAGAUCAUCUCUAUUUGUACAUAAGAGAGAUCAUACAGAGGAGAAGCCAUUUUCAUGUUCAGAAUGUGGAAAACCUUUUAAGAAGAAAGGAGAUCUUGUUACACAUCAGAGAGUUCACUCAGGAGAGAGGCCAUUUUCAUGUUCAGAAUGUGGGAAAUGUUUUAAGCAGAAAGGAGCUCUUGUUGUACAUCAAAAAAUUCACACAAGAGAGAGGCCAUUUUCAUGUUCAGAAUGUGGGAAAUGUUUUCACCGUAAUUCAUCUCUUCUUAAACAUCAGAGGAUUCACAAAGGGGAGAAGCUAUUUUCAUGUUCAGAAUGUGGGAAAUGUUUUAAGCAGCAAUCAGGUCUUAUUGCACAUCAAAAUACUCACACAGGAGAGAAGCCAUCUUCAUUCUUAGCCCGUUAGUGACCACCCUUACGCGUUUUUAUGGUAUUCAGUGUCGCUAACUGGCUUUAUUCUGUCAGAUACUCCUAUUCACAGAGAGAUAAAACAUCUUGCAUUGAGUAACCAGAGGUAGCUUCAGGGCUAUUCUGCAGUAGCUUCAACCCAGAGGUUUGUGCUGGAAGUACAAAGCUCUGCUCACUAUGUAGAGGAUAGGGACGUUAAUGUACCACUUUCUCCUAUUCGAGCAGCACUUCAGUAAUCAGGCUCCACUCACUACAUAAUGGAUGGAGUUGUAUAGUUCAGGUCCUGGAGAGGUUCAGGUCUGUGGAGGUGCAGGGUGUUGAACCCCCACCGAGUAGAUGGUGAUGGCUUAUCCUGAGAAUAGACUGGUAGGAUUUUAAGUUCAGUAUUCUGACUUUAGUGUGAAUUAUUGAAAUGUGCUUUUUGAUGUUACCAACAAUGUCCAUUUGUUGCAAUAUACAGCCAGGUCCAUAAAUAUUGGGACAUCAACAU